AUUAUCAUUACCAUCAUGUCCACUCCCAAUAGAUUAUCCCGUUUUAUAAACAUCUUUGAAGAGCGUAUAGCCCCUAGACAACUAGCUGAGGCUUGGGAUAACACUGGCUUACUACUUGAGGGCCCUAUGAUGGAGCCAUCCACAGAGUGCAAUAGAGCAGCAUUCAGAGUGAUGUUAUGUAAUGAUCUUACACAGAGAGUUGCUAAAGAAGCUAUUGAUAAGGAAGUAGAUCUAGUAUUAUCAUACCAUCCAUCUAUAUUCCGACCUUUGAAAUCUAUUACCAAUAGUGUACCGAUGCAGAGUGCUUUAUUGAUACUGGCUAGAGGAGGUAAGAGUCUUUAUUGCCCUCAUACUCAACUUGAUACGACAUCUGGUGGUAUCAAUGAUUACCUAUGUGAUGCUUUUAAGGAUAUAACAUCCCAUAAGGAUGGUAUUCAGAAGCAUGAUAAGGUUGAAGGAGCCGAAGUUGGACGUUUGGUGACACUGAGAGAUCCCCAAUCAGUAGAGGAGAUUAUAAAACGUAUCAAGAAGCAUCUUGGUAUCGAUAUAGUGAGAGUAGCUGGUAGGAAUAUUAAUAAUAAACAAUGCAAGACUAUCGCUGUAUGUUGUGGUAGUGGUGGUAGUCUGAUAUGUCCUACUAAUGCUGAUGUGUUAUGGACGGGGGAAAUGAGUCAUCAUGAGGUAUUAGCCUCUGCAGAAGAUGGCAAAGUUGUGGUAUUAUGUGAGCAUGCUACCACUGAAAGACCUUAUUUAGAAAAACGAUUAAAGCCAUGGAUAGAGAGGGAGAUGACGGAUGAUGUUGAUGUUAUUGUUAGUAAAGAAGAUACUACUCUUCUGAGAUAUUGUUGAAGUAAUCUUGCUCUUGCUGCUAUUCAUAUCCUCUAUUUCAUA